GUGGCGACUGGCCUGAGAAGAAAAAGAUAAAGAAAGAAGAGAGAAAGAGAAAGAGAGAGAGAGAGAGAGACGAGCGUGCGUGUGACGAAUUUUGCUGGUGCGAUGCGUUUGCCAAAUUUCAAGUUGUCGUCUCGAACGUGUGCGUGAGUGAGGGUCUUGCGCGCGCGAGACAGAGAGAGAGAGAGAGAGAGAGAGAAAAAGAGUGAGUGAGAGAGGUUCAUGGUGUUGUGGUAAGAGGAGAGGAGAAGCGAGCCGUGCGUCGCGAGGCUACUUAAGAAAGAAAGAGAAAAAUAAUCAGAAGGGCGGAACGUUGUCGAGCUGUCGUCCAGCACGCGCGUUCUUUGUGCGUCGUGUCGUGCCGUCGUCGUCGUCGUCGUCGUCGUCGUCUUCGUUGUUCUCUCUCCUCUUCUCUCUCGCAUCGCGUCUAUCACGAGGAAGCUAUAACACGAUGGCGUAGUUUUCACCCGCUAAGAGAAGACCGUGACUUUGAAGGAAAAAAAAAAAAAGAAAAAAGGAAAAACGAAGGAACGAUUAAAGAGGGAAGAGCAACGGGUAUAUUUCUAGCGAAGUUUAUCGAGCAAGGACGACGGUGACCGACAGGGAGAAAGAGAGAGAGAGAGAGAGAGAGGUAUCUACACAGUAUACGUGUACGUAAGUAAUAAAAAGAAAAUAGAGAAAGAGGAAGGAAAGACGGUGUCGAGGAAUCGAAUAAACGAGACUGGUUAAAAAAAGGCGCGUUUUCGUAGUGUCGUCGCGUGUUCUCUUCGGGUGUGUUUUGUGUCUCUCCGUUGUGUGUGUGUGUAUAUAUAUAUAAUACUAGUGUGCGUGUGUAUCGUUAGCUCGCGUCUCCGCGCGUCAUGUCGAUCCUCCUCGUACUCGUAAACGUACGUCCUCCUCACUUCGGUCACCGACUUCCCGUGAAACAAACGUACAUAAGCGAGCUCUCGUUGAAUUAAUAAUAAUCAUUUUCUUCCUAACCUCGCUCCAUCGUCAUCGUGCGGCAUCAUCGUCAUCGUCAACGUUUACGAUCGUAUCUCUCUCUCUCUCUUUUUUCCUCUUUUAUCGUCGUCUCCAAGAGCACAUACUAAAGAAGGAAGAAAAAUCAAUCAGCUGUAAUUUUCCCCCCUCCCCCCAUUCCCCGUCCCUUUGAUGAACGAUUCUCCUCGAUAAAGAACUUUUAUAGAUAGAAUAAAGAAAGUGAGAGAUAGUAGAAAGGAAUUAUGGUUACGAUGAUCAGUGAUACGUGCGGAUACGUCCUCUUCCUGCUGUUGCUGUUGCUGGUUCCAUACAUCGAAAGCGCUCGCCGAUUAAACGAAUACAUUCGCCACUACGAACCACUUUCCUAUCCAACGGAGGAGGUCCACAGAGGUCACCUGAGGGCCAAGAGGUCGGUCACCCGCGACAAUUCCGUGACUUUAAAGUUUCGCUCACACGGCAGAGACUUUCACAUUCGACUGAAGCGAGACUUGAACACGUUUAGCAAUAAUCUAGUUAUAGAGGGUCCUACCGGACAUGAAGAGGGACUUGAUACCUCGCAUAUUUACGAGGGUUAUCUCAUCGGAGAACCAGGUAGCCAUGUAUUCGGAAGCAUCACCGAUGGUGUCUUUCAUGGGAAGAUAGUGUCACCACGAGCUGGUGCGUGGUACGUCGAAAGAGCACACUAUUACUUUCCGCCACACGAGAUAAACGAUACCCUGCAUUCUGUGAUCUAUCACGAAAAUGACGUCGGUGAUCCAUACUCUCAAGUUCGACAAGGCGACUCCAGUGGCUGUGGCAUUAACGAACAGAUAAUCGAGUGGAUGGAUAAAAUUCAAAAUUCCGGCGACCUCGACUUACCUACUCCGAUUACGUCGAAAAAGGAUACGAAGCCGAAAGUCGAGCCGUGGAAUGGCGAGCAGGAAACUCCUGGACACAAAUAUACCAGAGAAGCGAACGAACCGAGUCAUCGAAGAGCACGCAGAGCUACUAGACCGAAGGAAGACAAUAAAAACACCUGUUCGUUGUUCAUUCAAACGGAUCCUCUUAUUUGGCGGCAUAUAUCCGAACAGCUGCAUCACGAUGCAGAAAAAACGAGAGAGGAAAUACUCUCUUUGAUCGCGCAUCACGUCACAGCGGUGAACUACAUUUACAGAGAUACCAGAUUCGACGGUAGAAUCGAGCACAGAAACAUCAAGUUCGAGGUACAAAGGAUAAAGAUCGACGACGAUACCGCGUGCACGCAACAGCAGACUUAUGGCGAGCCAAAUCCAUUUUGCAUGGAAAACAUCGAUGUUAGCAAUUUUUUGAAUUUACACUCGUUGGGCAAUCACGAGGACUUUUGUCUCGCUUAUGUGUUCACCUACAGGGAUUUUACUGGCGGUACCCUCGGUCUCGCUUGGGUCGCUUCGGCGUCCGGCGCUUCCGGUGGUAUUUGCGAGAAGUAUAAAACGUAUACCGAGACCGUAGGAGGGAUGUAUCAAUCCACGAAGAGAUCUCUCAACACCGGUAUCAUCACUUUCGUGAAUUACAACAGCAGAGUUCCGCCGAAAGUUUCCCAACUGACAUUGGCUCACGAAAUAGGUCAUAACUUUGGAUCGCCGCAUGAUUUCCCACCCGAAUGUAGGCCAGGCGGUUUGCAUGGUAAUUAUAUCAUGUUCGCUUCUGCCACGAGCGGUGAUCGGCCUAACAACAGUAAAUUCUCCAAAUGCAGCAUUGGCAAUAUCAGUAACGUCUUGGACGCGAUAGAGGAUAAUAAGAAAAGGAAUUGCUUCACCGCGUCGGCCGGUGCGUUUUGCGGUAACAAAAUCGUCGAGGCGGGCGAAGAAUGCGACUGCGGUUACGACGACGACGAAUGCGUGGAUAAAUGUUGUUAUCCGAGGCAGGUGUCGGAAUUGGAUAAGAUUAAAAACGAAACGGCGAAAGGAUGCAGCAGAAAAUACGGGACACAAUGCAGUCCCAGUCAAGGACCUUGUUGCUCGAGCGAUACGUGCCAGUUCGUGCCUCUCUCGCACAACGUUCAAUGCAAGGCCGAAUCAGACUGCAGCUACAAUUCCACGUGCAAUGGGAAAUCUUCCGAGUGUCCCGCUCCAUUGCCAAGGGCCAAUAAAACAAGAUGCAACGAAGGAACUCAGCUCUGUAUCAACGGCGAGUGCACUGGAUCAAUUUGUCUCGAAUGGAACUUGACGGAGUGCUUUUUAACGAGCAACAUCAUUCCUAACAUAGACAAACGGAAACUUUGCGAGCUGGCUUGUCAGAAUGGUACCGAUCCAUCGACUUGUCGAAGUACCAGUGAGUUUGCUCACGUCGUCGGCCUACCCGAGGGUGGGAUAAGUCUCAGACCUGGCUCACCGUGUGACAACUUUCAGGGUUACUGCGACGUCUUCUUGAAGUGUAGAGCGGUCGAUGCCGAAGGACCACUCGCGCGAUUGAAAAAUCUCUUAUUCAACAAGGAAACUUUAUCGACCGUGGCGCAAUGGGUAACUGAAUACUGGUGGGCAGUCCUUUUAAUGGGUAUAGCUUUCAUCAUUUUCAUGGGAUUAUUUAUCAAGUGUUGCGCCGUGCAUACGCCGUCUAGCAAUCCGAAGAAACCACCUGCGAGACGCAUCAGCGACACAUUGAGAAGGCCGAUGAACACGCUCAGGAGGAUGCGACACCCUCACGGUGGCGGAGGCCCAGGACCAAGGAGUAUACCUCCGAGGCAGGGUCAAGGAGGGUAUAGUGGAACGCGAGGACCCUCUCAUGGUUACGGUGAGGGUAGGGGAGCUCAGCAUUAUCCUAAAGGCUAUCGCUUGGUUCCCACAGCUAGUGCGCCACCAAGCAGCAGUAUCGCAGGCAACUACGGUCGCUCCAACCAUUCAGAAUUGUACGCCGGUGCCUAUUCGAGCACCGGGGGAGGGGGCAGAGCCCCGGCCUACGAGAUGAGGCAUCACAAUAAAGUCUGACGAUCCUAGAAUGCUGCUGUCACAGUCAGCAGAAGGCAGCGGUCUCGUUCCGUAAAACGAACGCGUCCGGAUAUCUGUGAAGCAACAAACCGAUAAGGAAAAGAAGACGCAAUAAAAAAAGAGAGAGAGAAAAAAAAGAAAAAUAAAAAAAACGUCCGGCAUUGUGUUUUCGAAGAGAGUGUAUAUAUAUAUAUAUAUAUAUAUAUAUAUAUAUAUAUAUAUACAUCUCCGAUUGUAGGCGCACCGUGGUGUUGGACUCUGUUGACAUUCGAAUAUUUCGCGAAGCACCGCUGUGUCCUCUAAUCCGUAACAUUUACGUUUUUAAAAACAUUCGCGAGCGAACGUGUGAGUGGGGAUAUGAGUGAGAGACAUUGUACGUGUCAUCAUCGAUCACAAAGUCGAAGGCUUGUUCGUUUAUGCUUCGUCAGUAUGUACUUUGCCAUCGAGGUGGAAAGAACGAAACUUGGAAAAUGGAAGAAGGAAAUGUGGAAGUGUUACGUGGGCCUUUGCUAAGCUUGUGGAGCCUAUUACGAAGAGGCAUGGUUGUGAGUUUCGUAUCACUUCCCAGAGAAACAAAAGAGCGAGAACGAGCGAGUACCUUCUUACUUACAAUCACGACCUACUUACAUAACGCCCUUGGCAAAAACGUUUUCAGACAUUUUUAUCUCUCUGUAAGAUAGCAUAUUAUUACUUCUUUGCAGUUUCGAGAAAUCCUCGAGAAUUUCUAUUCCAUGCUUUCGAUUUCUUGCGAUCGAUUUCGAUUAAAUAAGUAUUGCCGAAUUAAUCACGAGAGUAAUUUUGCGUACAUAUUUUAAGCGAUAUGCGUCGUAUACGGAAUAUCGACGUAAUCAUUUCUGACUUUUUUUUUUUUUUUUUUUUUUUUUUUUUUUAAUUAUACUCUGUAACACGUUUGUUGACGUCUUUGCCACAAUUUAACGUGAGCAUUUAUUUCUGCGAGUUCUUGUUAUAAGGAGUAGAAGACUGCUGUUGUAAAGAGAGUGAGAGUGAGAGAAUAAGAAAGAAAGAGUGAAGAUUCGAAACAAUAGACGAGGAACGCGACAAUAUUCAGAGAGAGGCUUU